UUUCUAAACCGAACGAUGUCAUGCACGUCAUCAAAUGUCCAUUCCUCGGAUCGGGUCGAGGAUAGAUGGUACCCGGAUCCGAUAACGCCCGACACUAUCUCCAAGGCGCCCGGGGACUACAAAAGCCCCACGUGUCGGCUCCUCUGCUGCUUCCCAGUGCCCCCGUCACCUCCAAUGUCUAUCGUCUGCUUCCGGUCGUUGGUCUUCCUCCAUCAAUCCCGCCCCAAUCUGCUCCUCCACCGAGCUCCUCCAAGGUGUGGUUUUUAUCGACGCCCGACGCGCUCCACUGUCAGAGCCCUCUCCGGCAUCCCGGACCAAGCCGACCCGAGGUAUCGUAGAUGGAAGAAGGUUCUCACCACCGCUGCCAGCCUCUACCCUCUCUAUGUGACCAUCGGAGGGACCGUCGCCUGCGUGAAUCCGUCGGCUUUCUCUUGGUUCGUGAAGCGUGGGCCGGCUUCUUAUAGCUUCUCUUUGGGUUUUAUCAUGCUGGCUACGGGUCUCACUCUGGAACUGAAGGACCUGUUCGCACUCUUCCAGGAAAGGCCUUUCUCUAUACUGUUGGGUUUUGUUGCUCAAUACACAAUUAUGCCAGCUUUUGGAGUUAUACUGAGCAAAGCAGUCGGUCUUCCACCAUCUCUUUCGGUAGGUCUAAUUCUGCUCGCCUGUUGUCCUGCGGGAACUGCAUCCAAUGUGGUGACAUUAAUUGCUAGAGGAGAUGUGCCAUUAGCCAUCGUGAUGACUGUAUGCACCACCCUUGCUGCAGUACUUCUUACUCCUCUUUUAACCAAAAUUCUUGCUGGAACUUUUGUGUCUGUGGAUGCCAUUAGACUGUCCAUCAGUACUCUCCAGGUAGUUGUUGCUCCGGUUCUGUUGGGAUCUUAUUUGCAAAGUGCAUUUCCAGCUAUCGUGAAAGCCAUCAUCCCAUUUGCUCCCCUUCUUGCUGUAUUAGCUUCUUCGCUUCUCUCAAGCAGUGUGUUCUCGGAAAAUGUGGUGCGAUUUAGAACAUCAACUCUGAAUGGUUCUGGUGGUUCUGACAUAAUUUCUGGAGAUAUGGGUGUUGUGAUACUUGCAGUGUUUUUAUUACAUUUUGCAGGCUUUUUGUUGGGAUACCUGUCAGCAGCUAUGUGUGGCAUGGGAGAAAAACAGCGACGAGCAAUCUCAAUCGAGGUCGGUAUGCAAAACUGUUCGUUGGGUGUUGUCUUAGCGACUUCGCACUUUUCCUCCCCGCUGGUCGCCUUGCCGCCUGCGCUAUCGGCUAUUAUCAUGAACAUCAUGGGUAGCUCCCUCGGUGCAGUAUGGCGAUACUGGCUCCCUUCUGAUGCUGAUACCGAGGAUUGACACAAAAAUGAAGACAAUGUUGUUAUCGAGUUUCGUAAUGUUGGAACUUUAUUUCAUUAAAAUGCUUCUGGUCCAGUGAGGACAGUCUCAAGUCUCAGUCAAUUAUCUUCAUUGUAUAUUUGUUCUAAAGAAAAUAUGGGUGUUGUGUGUAUAUGAAGAAUUAAAUUACCAUAGAGGAAAAUUGUUCGGUUCA